CAGAUCUUUGCGGCGCUGCGCGCGACGACUCUUGCGCCUGCAGUGGCCACCUGUGUGCAGGCGGAGCUGGGAUCUGUCAUCGACUUCUUCGCGGUGUCCGCCAACUUGCUGACGAGGCUGGACCCCGAGCCGACGGUCGACCUGGCGGCAGACUUGUUUCCCCAUCGGCCUGUUACUUUGGGGGUCCGCGGGUCCGAUCGCGAAGUUUGGGUCCGUGUCGCCGAUGAGCCGCAGCCUUUCGCGCCCAUCCCUCCUAUUGGUUGUGCAAGGCCGCCCUACGACUUCUCAGACGUCUCGGCGUCAUCUACGUUAGCUACUGGAGCGGACGAGCUACCCGGCAUCUGGGACCAGCUCCUGCAUGGCAUCGAGGCGGAGUUUUGCGGCCGAUGGGACAAGACUGGUCCUGCCGCGGUUCGCCACUCAGGUCGUGCUGGGCCUCUGGAGCUGCGCUGGAAGAAGGCAUCCACUCACAACUGGGCCGUCGCCAAGAGAUGGAUGGACCACCUGGCACGGCAGCGCGCCUUCAUUAUUGCCAAGGUGGACGUCAUGAAGACUCCCAACCUUGGUCGCGAGGAGUUCGAAAAGACCUCCUCCCAGCUCCUCAACCUGCUGGAGGACGUGCACGCGUUCAUGCGUGGGUGGGGCGCCCACCCCGAGGUGCUGCAGCUCAUGGGCCCCACUGUGCUGAAGCACCUCUCGCAGGGCAUAGCCUUCCUGGGCUCCAAGCACUUCGACUAUGCCGUCGAGCGGGCGGUCGCUGCAGCCGCGGCCAGGUUACGUGAGGCGGACAACGCCUCCUACCAGGCAUGGCAGGCCUGGUUGCGCGACGCCUUCGGCCGUGGGGCGUCGGGGGCACACAAGGCGUCCAAGGUGCGGCCGCAGCAAGACGUCAUCCCGUACACCGAGGGCCACCAGCCUUACAUGGAGGCGGACAGGGCCCUGGAGACCUGGCAGACCGCCGUCUGGGACUACCACCAGGCAGGGCCCGUCGAGCGGCCGCCAGAUUUCUUCACUUGGGAGCUGCUGCCGCCAAUCACGAUUGCCGAGAUGCGAGCGGCAUGCUGGAGCUCGCCGGCUAAGACGGCCACUGGGCCAACGAGCCUCUGUCCUAAGUCGUUGGCUUUCCUCUCGGACGCUGGCUUGGGUGCCAUGGCCAGGGUCUUCGAGUGCUGUGAGCGCUUGGGCGCCUGGCCUGACUCUAGGAUUGCCGCCGAGCUCGUCCACCUCGGCAAACCCGAUGGCGGCAAGAGGCUCAUCGCGUUACUGCACAGCCUCACACGAGCAUGGGGCCGCGCACGACGACCUCUUGGAGUGCAGUGGGAGCGUGACCACAACUCGGGGUCGGUCUGGGGCAACAGGGCCAACUACACCUCGAGCGACUGCGCCUUCGAUUUGAGCCUGGCCCACGAGAUGGCCACGCUGCUAG